CCUCGCUCGGUCGUACGUCGACUGACAUCAGCGAGCAGUAGCGCCCAUCCAUCGUACGUUAACAUCUUCGAGCUGCAGCACUUGAAAGAUCCGUUGGCGGCCCUACUGGUGCUUGGGAUGGCGGACACGGCUCGCCAGAGCCAAGAGCUGCUCGGUCCCAGCUCGGUGGCGCUGUCGUGGAUUGGGGUCUGGAUGCCCCCUGGCGGACGCAGGCCGGGCUUCCGGCUUCUGGGCGCCAUCUUCAUCGUCACCACCGAAAUCGUCAUCAGCUCGCUCACUGCCGUCCAGAUGCUCAUCGACACGCCGACUGACCCCGAAGUCUUCCGUGAGGUUUUCUUCAUCUGCACCUGUGGCUUCUCGUGGUUUGUGAAGUUGGUGUCGUUCGUGGCGCAGUGGAGGCGACUGCAGCGAAUGGUGUUGAGUCUGCUGGAUGCGAAGAUACGGUUUCCCGACAAUGGAACAGGCGUCCGGGAGAGAUACGCCAGGACCGCCUACAGAGUCUGGAUGUGGUGGCAGUCAAUGCCAGCGGUGACGGUGAUGCUGUGGAUGGCAGACCCAUUCAUACAGAACCUCACGUCGCCACCAGCCGAGAACGGCACCAGGCCGCUCAUCUUCUGGAUUCCCGUAGAAGUGCAACAUUCGCCUGCCUACGAAAUAACCUACGCCAUCGAGGCGUUUUGCAUAGGAUCUGCUACGGAGACGAGCAUCCUGAUAGACAUAAUUCUGAUAGUUCUCUUAGUCUAUGCAGCAGGUGAAAUAGCUGUUCUGAAUGAGAAUAUCGCUGGAAUGAGGCUUUCGAACACUCGUGAGCGAGAAAAAGUAGAGCCAGACAAGGGGCUACAAGCUCUGGAAAGGAGUAUUGAUGAAGUGAGCAUAUCACAAACAGCCUACGUGUUCAGCGAGUACAGUUCAGACAGUAAGCGCAAUCUUUUCGUUCUGGAUAGACAUGACACGUACUGGAAACUACACAGCAGUUUAGUGAAGAACAUACAACAUCAUGAAGUUAUUCUAACGUACAUCAAUGACCUGGAAAUCGUGCUGAGCGCAUCUGUCUAUGUCCUGUUGCUUACGAAUGCACUAAAUAUUUGUUUGCAUUCUUUUGGAAUUGUAGCGCUGUUCCAGGAGGGAGCAACAAGCUCGACCGUAUUUAAGGAAGUGAUCUCGUUUGCAUCUUUCCUGGCCCAGACAGGCUUAUUCUGCUUCAUCGGACAGCUAAUAAUCGAUCAGGCGGACAGGCUGCAGUUCUCUGCGUUCAGCUGUGACUGGCCACAGGCAGACGAGUCAUUCUGCAGAUCGCUACGCAUCUUCAUGCUGCAGGCGGCGCGCCCGCUCAGCGUGAGGGUCGGAAAACUCAUCGAGCUGUCAAGGAACUCAUUCCUGCAGGCGAUGAAUUCUUCGUACACAUUAUUCAACAUGCUGUUCAAUCUACAGACAGCAGAUUAACACAAGAAAAUUUCACGCGACGGCUGCAUGUGGACCUUUGGCUGAUCACAGACCCUGAUAGACAGGAAAGAUUUCAUCUGCAACAAACAUAAACUUUAAUGUUAGGAAAAACUAUUUAUUUGCAUUAAUGCUCAAGAUUAGUACCCUCUUGAUUCUGUUGAAACAGUAUGGUAGUCACAAUACAUUAUCACAGGAAAAUAAUCAGUCACACACCAUUUCACGAGCCAUAUUCUUCCUUGUUAUAAGACUCAUUAGGUGUUCCAAGUUGUAACGGUUACUCUUAUCGGUCCAAUGUUUGCCACUAAAUUAUGUUGUGACGCUCUUAUCCUAUCAGCCGUUUUAAUGGCUGCUGCCUGCUGAAAGUAAACCAACAAAAAUCUAAUUUGUAGACUUGGAAACAGAUUGCAAUGGUAAUACGGAAGC